AUGGAAUGGUCAACAACGAGCAACGUACAAAACGAGAGAGUUGCUUUCAUGCCACCACCGUGGCUGGAGUCUAACUCCUUUAACUCGCUCCGCAGCUUCAACUAUGAUUCUUACACAGGAAAUUCGUAUAAGUCUGCCAAUACGCAAACUGGACCGGUUAUCCCUGUACCGGAAUCAGAAAAGAUCAUCAAUGCGUACCAAUGUCCGAGUAACAACAAUGAAAUGAUAAAGAAGAAUAAGAGGCUAACGAGUGAACAAUUAGCUUCGCUUGAACUACGUUUUCAAGAGGAUUUCAAAUUAGAUUCCGAGAGGAAGCUGAAGCUAGCGAAGGAGCUAGGUCUGGAGCCACGGCAGGUCGCGGUUUGGUUCCAGAACCGCCGUGCACGGUGGAAGGUGAAGCAUCUCGAAGAGUCAUACGACUCACUUAGGCAAGAGUACGAUGCCAUUUGGAGAGAGAAGCAGAUGCUACACGACGAGGUGAACAAGCUGAGAGCUAUAAUACUAAGAGAUCGGAGUUUGAUGAUGAACAGCAACCAAAUCGCCGGAGGAAAUCAAAUUUACGGUACUGGUGGAUAUGAUAUCGGAUGA